UAAGACCAAAGUCAUAAUGUCAAUGUCAAAUUGACGUCUUUAGUAUUGUCAAAUACCUACCUUCCAAAUUGGUGUUUAGUAGUUGUUUACGUCCGGUGUCGAGGAUAAAAAAAGUUGUCCAUCACAGUUAUUAAAUUACUGAUAAAAGGCAUGUUUUAUCUUUUACAUGUAAUAUUACUUACAUAUCUUUCAAAUAACUUAUAUUCUGCCGCUGAAAGUAGCAAUAGAGGUGAAAAAAAUGGGCAAGAGCUCCUUUUAUGCCGUAAAUGCGGCGCCGAUGUUGCUGACUCCUUUUAUAUAUUUAGUAAACCAAGUCCAGGUGCAAGAAAGACGGAAAAACAGAAUUUAUUUGGUAAACAAAAUGUAACUGUACAAACACUAAUAAAUCCGUUUGGAGUAAAGUUUGAAGUGGUCACUAUGGAGAAGGCUAGGUGUGAUAAUAUCGGGCCACAACAGGGUGCAGACUCAUGGUUUCCAGGGUUCACCUGGCGCAUCUGUGCAUGUCCACAUUGCGGACAACACCUAGGCUGGACCUUUGAAUCUUCUGAUAAAAGGGAGAAGGAUCAUAUAAAUUCAUUUCACGGACUGAUAUUGGCCAAUGUUUUAGGAGAAAACUUUACAGAUUCUCUUAUAAUGAUGCCGAAAAUGUAUAAAAUGUAAAUUAAUAUUGUUAAUUUAUUUCAAUUUGUUAUGAAUAAAUGUUUUGUAAUCUUUAUAUACCAAUAUAAUAAAAACAUUGAAAAGUAAUAA